AUGAAUGGAACCCGAUUAGAGGAAUUUGCUCAGGAAUACUCUGUUAAUUGUACACUUUGUGGAACAAUUAUUACUACGGAAUUGGAACAUGAAUGUAUUAUUGGAUACAAUUUAGGACAAAUACAUCCUGAAAUGAUUCCAGAAACUUUAUGCAACGAAAUAUUCUGGAAUAUACCAGAAGAAGUACAGCGAAAUGACGAUGCUUGUUUAGCAGCA